AUGACGGCGAGUUCCCUGACUACGGCGUCGGGGAAUUCCUGUUUGGACGAACAAAUUGAACGACUCAAACGCUGCGAAUAUCUGCGCGAAGGAGAAGUCAAGGCACUCUGUCUACGAGCACGGGAAAUACUCGUGGACGAAUCCAACGUCCAACGCGUCGACGCACCCGUCACGAUUUGUGGAGACAUUCACGGUCAAUUCUACGAUCUCGUCGAACUCUUCAAAGUCGGCGGUGAAUGUCCAGACAAAAAUUAUCUCUUCCUCGGCGACUUUGUCGAUCGGGGGUACUACUCGGUCGAAACAUUCCUACUGCUCCUCGCCCUCAAGGUACGAUACCCCGAUCGGAUUACCCUCAUUCGGGGCAACCACGAAUCACGACAAAUUACACAAGUAUACGGUUUCUACGACGAAUGCUUGCGCAAAUACGGAUCGGUCAACGUCUGGCGAUACUGCACCGAAAUUUUCGACUAUCUCUCACUAUCGGCCAUUAUCGAAGACAAGGUGUUUACCGUGCACGGCGGCUUGAGUCCCUCCAUAUCAACGUUGGAUCAGAUUCGGGUCAUUGAUCGGAAACAGGAAGUCCCGCACGAUGGAGCCAUGUGCGAUCUCAUGUGGAGUGACCCGGAAGAACUCGAGGGCUGGGGAUUGUCGCCUCGCGGUGCCGGCUACCUUUUUGGCGGUGACAUUGUCGCCGUCUUUAACGAACGCAACGACCUCAGUCUCAUCGCCCGCGCCCACCAGCUCGUCAUGGAAGGACACCGCAGCAUGUUCCAUGAUGCCUUGGUUACCGUAUGGAGCGCCCCCAAUUACUGCUACCGCUGCGGUAACGUCGCCGCCAUACUGGAACUCGACGAAAACCUCGAACGGUCCUUCAAGAUUUUCGACGCGGCACCACAAGAAGCCCGGGGUGUGCCCAUUAAAAACCCGCCACCGGAUUACUUUCUCUAG